GGGGCGGGAGGAACACCUGUUUCAGCGCGCUGUCAGCUGCUGCGCGCUCGCCUCAGCUGCCACAGAGAGGCGUUGCUCUCAGAAUAUGCAUGCCUACUGCUGGGCUUUCUCCUAUUGGUCCGUCCCGUUGUCUGGGUGGGACGCUCAGAUGGGCCAUGUGUAUAAAGUGGUACAUUGCCCCUUUCAGUGCUCCAGUGAUACUGCGUGUCAGCGGUGGACAACAGUGCAAAAAUAAGUUCAAGCCGUAAACUGUGACAGCAGUCUAUAACUUUAAAUCUGUCCACGGAGAGAAGUAAACUGAGCCAGAAUUGCGCAUUGUUCGCCGGGCUGUGUUGGAGGCACGUCCCACCAGAGGAUCUUACGGAGAUUUGUCAGACACACACACAUAUUGUUGCGGUCCACUUCUGCUGCCGGUUGUGCCAAAAGCAUCAUUCCUUUGGACUUUGAGGUAAAGUCUGACGUGUUCUGAACUUGAUGCACGCGCGUUGUGUGUCGGACUUUUCUCGACAUGUGAAGAAAGUUCAUGGACGAUUAAAGUUGCCAGCAGUUAGAAGGAACUAAACCGCAGAGGUGAAGAAGGAUAUUUGAAGUCUCGUUGCUCUAAGGACGAUUUCUCUGCAACCACACGUGUGCUUUACCACAGCGAAGUGAGGACGAGUAAGGUUGGUGGUUUUGAAUUCACGAGUCUCAAGUUUCUGCCACCCUGGCCAGUGAUAUUAACGCGUGAAUUUGACCUGGGAUAAGUUGUCAACACGAGGCAAAGUGGCAGGUGUAUAAGUACAUUUAAAUGCAUGGGCAUAUGUUUUUCUAUAAAUAGAAGCUCGUGCCAAUGUAUUAGACCCUGGCCUGUCAUCUUAACUAGUCGUCUUCAUCAUAAUCCCAGUGAAACACGCGUGACGCUUUGGCUGUUAGGGUAGGUGUCGUCGCAUGGACUGACAUGGCCACCGAUCUCGCCAUGAGCGCAGAAUUGCCCAACAGCCCUCUGGCUAUUGAGUAUGUCAACGACUUCGACCUCAUGAAGUUUGAGAUCAAGAAAGAGCCCCCGGAGGCUGACCGCUAUUGCCACCGUCUUCCCCCGGGCUCACUGUCCUCCACCCCAAUCAGCACACCCUGCUCAUCGGUGCCUUCCUCGCCCAGCUUCUGCGCCCCCAGCCCUGGAUCGCAGCCUGGCCAGAACCUCGUAAACGGCGUCAACAACAAUAACAACAACAGUGGCAACGGUAACAACAACACCCAAGGCUCCUCGGGCAAACCGCAGAUGGAAGAUCUCUACUGGAUUCCCAAUUAUCAGCAUCACAUCAGUCCAGAGGCCCUCAACCUGACGCCCGAGGACGCAGUGGAAGCGCUCAUCGGUAACGCGCACCACCACCACCAUCAUCAUCACCACCAGCCCUACGAGGGAUUCCGCGGGCAGCAGUAUGUGGGAGAAGAUCUCUCUGCAGCCACGAACGGUCACCACCAUCCGGUGCACCACCACCAUCAUCACCACGGCCACCACGCACACGCGCGCCUUGAGGACCGCUUCUCGGACGAGCAGCUGGUGAGCAUGACAGUGCGAGAGCUCAACCGGCAACUUAGAGGCUUCAGCAAAGAAGAGGUGAUCCGUCUCAAGCAGAAAAGGCGAACCCUGAAGAACCGCGGCUACGCGCAGUCGUGCCGCUACAAGCGCGUGCAGCAGCGCCACAUGCUCGAGAGCGAAAAGUGCACGCUUCAAAGCCAAGUGGAGCAACUCAAGCAAGACGUGGCGCGCCUGAUCAAAGAGCGGGACCUGUACAAGGAGAAGUACGAGAAGCUCGCGAGCCGAGCCUUUAACGGCGGCGGCAACACUCGGGACCCGUCCAGCGGCAAUCACGUUAAAACCACUUCCACGGAUUUCUUCAUGUGAGAGUGAUUCUUGUUAAAGACUUUUCCCCUCACCAACGUAUUUGUUUUUUAUGAUUUUCAGUGUAAAUUUUAAUUUGAGUUGUUUUUAUACACACUCAGAGGUUCACUUUAGAACAUACACUCUUUUAAAUAAAAGUUGUGCGGUCUGAUGCAAAUGCAGAACAUAUUUUUAUUUUGUUCAGGAUCUUUAAAAAGAACUAAGAUAACCAAUAGAAAUCUGGGGAGCCCAUAUAGUCAAAGCCAAACCUUUUCUUCCUAAAAGUGCCACCCACUUUUAUAGCCGCUGAAGUUAUUGAUUAGAAGUUAUUUGUUGAACUUUAAGUGCUGAAAAGAAACUGCAUAAACGUUAUUUAUGAGAGUGUAUAACCUAACAUUACAGCGCCAUAUUUAAAAAUCUUCACUUCUUUUGUAUGUACCUACUGCACCAUAAAAGUCUUAAGGUUAGUGUAAUGUUAGGAUUAUAUUCCACAAAUACUGCACGGACCCUUUUACUUCAUAAAACCUCCGAUCAAAAUAUGGGAUCAUUCAUAACCUCCAGACACAUCAAUUUUGGAUUUUGUCUUUUUUUUUGUUUGUUUGUUUUAGUAAUAGGUUAACAGCAAACCCCGACUUGUUUGUGUCAGAGACAUAAAAUCGCCUCCUUAAUCUUUUUUUUUUAUUUAAUUUUUUUUGUCUUAACGGAUUGACUAGUCUUAAUGGCGAUGAGGAAAAAAAACUGGAACGAAAUGGACUUCUGAUGGAGCGAUGAUAGCAUUAAAACAUAAGCCAGAAAGGGAGAUAGCAAUACAUCAUUGACUUUUCUCAGUUAUGAACUGAGGUUGAGGGGACUUGUGAACUUUGAGGGCCCUCAAGCAUUGCUCAAGUCUGCAUUACCCCACCAAUCCUGCAUGCGGGACAUGUAUGGUACUCCAAACGCGUCAGGUCCUUUCUCUCUUCCCCAUACAGCACUUGGAUGAAAAGCAUGGCCCUUAACCACUCUUUUUUUCGUUUCUUCUGCUCGACACAAACCGUGUAUGUGAAGGAACUCAUCCGUACUUGCGAAAUCACAUGAUACCAGACCUUACGUUUUUUUUCUAUUGUUUUUCAAGCAAGAACUAAGAAAAAAACACCGAACUGAGACAGAGUUAUUUAUUUCCACUUGUACAUAUGUAGAGGUCAAUUGGUGUGUUAAUUUACCCUUCUUUUUAAAGUCCUUUUUGCUUGAUUAUUUAAAACGUCUUAAUACAAUGUUUGUAUGUAGUAGCAUGCAAAUGACAGAGAUAUUCUAUCCUACUGAAUAUGUACAAUUUCAAAGAAAGCCUACUGCACUAUGAUUCGAAGAAUUGGGAUUUAAUAUAACAUUUCCUCUGUGAUAAUCGAAUUGCUGUCAGGGUGGGCAUAGUUAGUCGAUCUAAAGUGCAUAUAAACACAAGGGAUUUAAUUGCUGCUAUAUUCUAUGCACCAAAUUCGAAAGCAAUUAACAGAAGCUCUGAUUAUGUGAAUUUUCUACUUCAAAAUAAAUCAAGGUAUUUACCUGGUUAGACAUGAAUUUUAAAAUACGAUCAUCAGUUUUUUUUUCUUUUUUUCUUUUUGUUUUAAAGGCCGAGAUGACGAACAACAAAAACUAACUUCAGCUAUCUGACAACCAUCAAUAAUAAGGAAGGAAUGGUUGUUUUAACUUUUUUAUGACUAAAAUAAAAAAUACAUUUAAAAAAACUUGCAUACACUAUAAAGAGCAGUUGCCUAUUGUUUUGCAUUGCAAUGCUGUGAUGAUAAUAAAAAGGCUUCUAAUAAUUCUCAAAUACACUACGGGUAGAUAUCACGACAACAAAUCCGGAUAUAUUUCCACAAGGGACUUGUGCAAACUUAACUACAAGUACUUAUCAUGUGCAUUUGAACUCGAUCAUUUGGAUUUACACAAUAGCCCAUCUUGUUCAGACUAUAUGGGGAACGUUGCCAAAGUGGAUUAUUUAAUGCACGUUAAUUGUCCUAAACCAGUUUUUAAUUGUUUCCGACCUGCUGUAUGCUUAGUUCACUAACAAUUCAAUCGGCCAAAUGUCUAAAAUAAGAUCUCCUUUACCUGGGUUAGUGUCUGCUUGAUAUUCUCACCUGAAAUACACUGUUACCAUUAUUGUUUCAUAGGUUAAAUUAUGAUGCAGUUAUGAACCGAUCUCUCUGUAUAUUGGUCUAAACUGGCACAGCGGCUUGGGGUUACAUAACCACAUGUGCUGUCCUGUGUGCUCUCUUAUGUAAAAAAAAAAAAGAAAUAAACAAAAAGAAAAAAAAGAAAAAA